UGAGGUAAUGUAGUCGGUGAGGUCUCUUGCUGGUUCUUCGCAUUGUUAACAUGGCUCCCAGAGGUAUGAUGGCCGUGACAACCGUUCUCCUCUGCUUCAUACUGGGCCUGCUCGGUCCAGCUCCAGCUGCCCUGGGUUCCCACAUGGGCAAAGCGUGUUGUACCAGAUACAACAGGAAGCCAGUACCCUUCCAGCGUAUAAAGGGCUUCAAAGAACAGACCACCCAGGAAAACUGCAACAUCGAGGCGAUCAUUUUCUACACGGUUAAGAAGAAUGAGAUAUGUGUGACACGGAAGGAUGAGUGGGUGAGGAGGAUUCUGGAAUUACUCAGUUCAAAACUGAAGAAUAUGUCCAAGACCGACUCUGCUGCAGGAAAAACUCCUGUGAGGAAAAGUGUAAACCCUUCGUUCAACGCUGGAAGUGGAACUUUUGUUAGUACCACUGACGCACUGAGCACCGAAGAUUUCUAUUAGCAAAACUCUUGGGAAUUUGGAAUGUAAUCAUUUGUGUUGUAGAAAUGCCAACGCCAUAUCAUUUUUGAAAAAGUAAAAAUAUACUAAUUAAUUUGACUAACCUUAACAUAUGGAGUGUCAGCAUGUAAUCAUGGCUUAAGGGGAACCUUAGACAGCUUUGAGCUUUGAGAUAAUUAAUGUAGAUUAUGUGCUUUUUUUAAAUCAUGCUUCAUUGCCUGCUAUGAAUCUGCUGCUUAAUACAGUUAAUGUGCUAAAAUAUGCCAUAAGCAAUUCUCAUAAACAAAUAAAUUUACUUAAAAAUA